AGUGACCACUAUUGUAAAUAUUCUUUUCAGGUAUAUAAUACUUAGUUAGUUUAUCUAGAAAAGAAAAUUCUUAAAUUUAUUCAUUUUCAUUUUGCGAUUUUUAUUUCCUUUCUAAAAUGUUGUUUUGAAGUAGUAGAAUUAAUUUGUGUACCCGCUUGACCUUAUAGGUUGGCCUUCCCAAACAUGCUGAGAUCAACAUUCACUCCAUUAUUCACAGCCUUUCCCUCUAAGACCAAAUCCCGAAACUAUUCAAACAGAGUCAUCACUGCUAUAACAAAACCCCCACAACCUGUUCGACAUAAUGCCUCACUGGAAAAUACAUUCCUACAACAACAUAACCCCACCUCAGCUUAUGUCCACCUUCCAUUCUGUCGAAAACGCUGUCAUUACUGCGACUUCCCUAUUAUCGCUCUCGGGUCAUCUUCACCUCAAAGUGAAGACGACCCGCGAAUUCUUAGCUACAUUGAUUUCCUAUGUAGAGAAAUUAAAGCCACUUCAAUAAUACCUUAUAACUACAAGUCAUCACCUCUUGAAACUGUCUUUUUUGGCGGAGGGACACCUUCACUUGUACCACCAAGAUUAGUAUCUCUAGUCCUGGAAACAUUGGACGCGAAAUUUGGAGUGUCCCAUGAUGCUGAAAUUUCAAUAGAAAUGGAUCCUGGUACAUUUGAUGCUGAAAAAUUGAAAGAUUUGAUGAAGUUGGGUGUUAAUAGAGUGUCUUUAGGAGUUCAAGCAUUCCAGGAAGAGUUGCUUAAGAGCUGUGGGAGAGCGCACGGUGUACAGGAAAUUCAUGAGGCUAUUGAUAUUGUUGGAUCAUGUGGUGUUGAGAAUUGGAGUGUGGAUCUUAUAUCUUCACUUCCUCAUCAGAAACCACAUAUGUGGGAACAAAGUUUGAGCCUCACUAUUCAAGCAAAUCCUACACAUGUGUCAGUUUAUGAUUUACAAGUUGAGCAAGAUACAAAGUUUGGAUCUUUGUAUACAGCUGGAGAAUUCCCUCUGCCUUGUGAAAAUCAAUCUGCUGAUUUUUACAGAAUGGCAUCUGAAAUGCUAGGAGCUGCUGGUUAUGAACACUAUGAGAUAAGUAGCUACUGCAAAAGUGGUUUUGAAUGCAAGCACAAUUAUACAUACUGGAUAAACAAACCUUUUUAUGCUUUUGGACUGGGGUCAGCCAGUUAUCUUAAUGGACUAAGGUUUUCAAGGCCAAAGAAGCUGAAAGAUUACAUGAGUUAUGUGCAAAAUUUGGAGAAUGGACUAGUGAAAAGUUGCCAGGACAGUAAAGUAGAUGCCCAAGAUAUAGCAACGGAUGUUGUUAUGUUGUCUCUGAGAACUGCUAGAGGGUUGGAUUUGAAGUCAUUUGGCAAAGCUUUUGGCAGCUCAACUAUUCUCUCCCUUUGUGAAGUCUAUAAGCCUUAUAUUGAGAGUGGGCAUGUUGUCUGCUUGAAUGAGCAGAGGAGGGAAAUCGCUGCAGAAGAAUUCAUCUCUUUGUUAUCUGAAGGAGACAAGAUUACUGAGGCCUUGGCAUACAUCAAGCUUAGUGACCCUGAUGGUUUCCUAUUGUCUAAUGAGUUAAUAUCCCUCGCGUUCAAUGUGUUAGCUCCAUAAGUUUCAGCCUGGAUGGUUCAGAAGAGACUGCUUUGAGCUGCUUUGUUAGCGAUGCUGGCAGUUAAAGGCAGGAGACUGCCAAUACUUGGAUGCCAUCAGUUGGUUGGUGUGUUGAGAUAUAUCAAGACGUGUGAACUGGUGGAACCCUUAAUAGAGCAAAGCCAGGUGUGCAUGAAAUAUGCUGCUGAAUGAAACAUAUAAUUAUGUCCUUGUGGUGAGAGAGCGGGAGGUUUCUUUAGCAAGCAUAUUUAGUCAAGGCAACAGUAAAUGUAACUUGGUUAUAUGACCCCAACUGUUUAAUCAAAAUCCUUUUUUUAUGAGUCAA